AUGGAGGACACCACAAAGCUCAACACAUCAAAACUGGGUACACAACAAUACUGGGACGACUUUUAUGCGGUCGAAAAGUCGAAUUUUGAAGAAAACCCACAAGACACUGGUGAAUGUUGGUUCGACGACAGUAAUGCAGAGGAGAAAAUGGUCGAUUUUAUGUUGGACCAUUUGGGCCAGUUUUGCAUUGACAAAAACUCGUCUAUGAUCGAUUUGGGAACGGGAAACGGACAUUUACUGUUCCAGCUGCAUGAGGAAGGUUUUGGUGGAAAAAUGGUCGGCGUGGACUAUUCUUUCAAGUCCGUAGAAUUUGCCCAAGAGAUUUUGAAAACACAGUACCAAGACUCGGAUAACUUUGAGUUCUCUGCUGCUGAUAUUUUCGAUCCUAAUUGGCAGCCUCCCAAAUUCGAUGUUGUCCUGGAUAAGGGCACAUUGGAUGCCAUCGCACUUAGCGGCCUGAAAAUGGCCAACGGAGAAUCCAUAGUACAAGCAUAUCCUGAGGUUAUUGAGAAAUUGACGAAAAAGGAUAGUGUCUUUUUGAUAACGUCUUGCAAUUUCACAGAAGCCGAGCUCAAGCAGAUAAUAGAAAGCGAGUCCCUGCAGUUAUGGCAAUCCAUCAAGUACCCCGCCUUCAGGUUUGGAGGACAGGAAGGAUCCACCAUCUGUAGUUUAGCGUUUGUGAAAAAGUAG